GAAUUUAGAAGAACGAAAGGCAAAAAAAAAAAAAAAAACCACAAAAUUUCACGAGUUUUCUUCUGUGUUUAUUUCUCAAAAAUCUGUCAUCAGACCCUUUUGAAUUUUUCUUUUCAAGUUGGUGAAGAUUUCACGGGCAAAAUCCCAUUUCAUCACCAACCAAAGCUUAAAUUUAAAAAAAAAACCCAUCAAACAAUUCUUGUAUUGCCACGUUACCCUCACCAACAUCACCGCCAAGCUUGAUCUCAAACUGGGUUUGUGUUUUUUUUUUUUUCCUGAAACUACCACAUGAUGAUAAUGUGAAAAAAAGCUUUGGGUUUUGCCUCUUUUUAAAGGUUUAAGCUUUGAGUUUAGCAAAUGGAUCGAUCAGCACUUACAGUGGGACCAGGGAUGGAUAUGCCAAUCAUGCAUGAUAGUGAUCGUUAUGAACUUGUUAAGGAUAUUGGUUCUGGGAAUUUUGGUGUAGCUAGGUUGAUGAGAGAUAAACAAACAGAGGAGCUUGUUGCUGUUAAGUAUAUCGAGAGAGGUGAGAAGAUAGAUGAAAAUGUACAAAGGGAAAUUAUCAACCAUAGAUCACUAAGGCACCCUAAUAUUGUUAGAUUCAAAGAGGUAAUAUUAACACCAACCCAUUUGGCUAUUGUGAUGGAAUAUGCUUCCGGUGGCGAGCUAUUCGAGCGGAUAUGUAAUGCAGGCCGGUUUAGUGAGGAUGAGGCACGUUUCUUCUUUCAACAGCUUAUAUCGGGAGUUAGUUAUUGUCAUGCAAUGCAAGUAUGCCAUCGAGACUUGAAAUUGGAGAACACGCUACUCGAUGGGAGUCCUGCUCCUCGUUUGAAGAUUUGUGACUUCGGGUACUCUAAGUCCUCAGUGCUGCAUUCUCAACCAAAAUCGACGGUCGGAACUCCUGCUUAUAUAGCUCCGGAAGUGUUACUCAAGAAAGAAUAUGAUGGAAAGAUUGCAGAUGUCUGGUCUUGUGGGGUAACCUUAUAUGUCAUGUUGGUCGGAGCAUAUCCUUUUGAAGACCCCGAGGAUCCUAAGAACUUCCACAAAACAAUUCAUCGGAUUUUAAAUGUCCAGUACUCGAUCCCUGACUAUGUCCAUAUAUCUCCCGAGUGCCGUCAUCUGAUCUCGAGGAUCUUUGUGGCCGACCCCUCAAAAAGGAUAUCCAUUCCCGAAAUUAGGAACCAUGAGUGGUUUCUAAAGAACCUACCGGCAGAUCUCAUGGACGAGAACACAAUGAACAACCAGUUUGAAGAAGCUGAUCAACCGAUGCAGAGUGUCGACGAAAUCAUGCAGAUCAUUUCCGAAGCUACUAUCCCUGCAGCCAAUACGAAUAGUCUCAAUCAUUAUUUAACCGGUAGCCUUGACAUUGACGAUGAUAUGGAAGAGGACCUGGACAGCGAUCCCGAACUUGACAUUGAUAGUAGUGGAGAGAUAAUAUAUGCAAUGUGAUUGUGAAUCGUGUCCGUAUGCUGAGAAGGAUGAUCAUCCAAUGUUAAUCGAAGUGUGUACCCUUUGAACAACCUUUUCCAGGGACGAAAAAUGAGAGACCGAAAAAUAUAGGGUAAGGAAUUUCUGUUUGAAGUGUCCAUUAUGUACUGUUUUUUGUAACACAAUGUAAUGAAAGUGUUGAAAUUUGUCUUUAAACUGCAACUGGUGUGGUGACUCAUUGUCUCCAUUUCUAGCAAAGUUUGUUAUAUAUAGACUUUUACAGUUCAUGAAA